GAAGUUGGAUCAAACAAUAAGGCAAAGAAAAUCAAAGGGUGUUAGCACAAAGUAUGAUCACACCAACGUUGAGAAACCUACAAAAAGUAGACACGAUCAUCUUACCUACGUAAGAAAGAAGAAGUUUUCUUAGUGAUAAAAAAUACGUAAAAUCGGAGAAAUGGCUAACACAGAGGCAGCGACGGUGACCAACAAGCAGAUCAUAUUCCGAGACUAUGUGAGUGGAUUCCCAAGAGAAUCUGAUCUUAACCUAACCACAACUACCAUCGAUCUAAGGCUUCCGGAGGGAUCCACGUCAGUGCUGGUGAAGAAUCUUUACUUGUCUUGCGAUCCUUACAUGCGCAUUUGCAUGGGAAAGCCCGAUCCCUUGUCUUCUUCCCUUGUUCCACCGUACAAGACUGGCGUGCCAAUCAUUGGGCUUGGAGUGUCUAAAGUGAUAGAUUCAGGGCAUCCAGAUUACAAAAAGGGAGACUUACUUUGGGGACUAGUUGGAUGGGAGGAGUAUAGUGUUAUUACUUUAACUCAUUACUCACAUUUCAAAAUCCAACACACCGAUGUCCCGUUAUCUUACUACACUGGACUUCUUGGUAUGCCUGGUAUGACUGCUUAUGCUGGAUUUUACGAAAUUUGUUCACCUAAAAAAGGAGAGACUGUCUUCGUGUCAGCUGCAUCUGGCGCGGUUGGUCAGCUCGUGGGACAAUUUGCAAAGUUGAUGGGUUGUUAUGUCGUUGGUAGUGCCGGCAGUAAAGAAAAGGUUGAUCUUCUCAAGACAAAGUUUGGGUUUGAUGAUGCUUUCAAUUACAAGGAAGAGAAGGACUUUAGUGCUGCCCUAAGGAGGUAUUUUCCGGAAGGGAUCGACAUAUAUUUUGAGAACGUUGGAGGCAAAAUGUUAGAUGCCGUACUCAUAAACAUGAGGUUGCAUGGUCGUGUCGCAGUAUGUGGAAUGAUCUCACAGUACAAUUUAGAGGAUCCAGAAGGCGUACACAACCUACCGACCAUCCUUUACAAGAGGAUACAACUUCAAGGGUUUGGGGUUUGUGAUUUCUACGACAAAUAUUCAAAGUUUUUGGAUUUUGUGCUUCCUUACAUUAGAGAAGGGAAGAUAAGAUACGUUGAGGACAUAGCGGAAGGAUUCGAGAGUGGGCCUUCAGCUCUGCUAGGACUCUUUGAAGGUAAAAACGUCGGGAAACAACUCUUUGUGGUUGCUCGUGAGUGAGUGAGACGUUUUUUUUUUUUUUUUUUUUUUUUUGAAUUUAAUGUUAAAUUAUAUUCAAAAGAAAAAUAAACGUUUAUACAUAUAGAAUGCUAACUUUUUCAAAAACAAAUUGAAUAGAACUUUUUUAUCGUGUAAACUCUAUUGCCUUGAUUCAAACCAAACUUGGAU